CCACCGCCGGCCUCCGGACCUCCGCGUUCCCGGCCUAGCGGUGCGGCGCUUCCCGGCCUGCCGGCGCGCCCCCUGCGGGCGAGCGGUGCGGCGGCGGUGGCCGCCCCCGGGCCCGCGGGCCGGGCAUGGGCGGCGCGGCGGCAGCGGGCGGGCGCUGAGGCAGGCAGCGGCGGCAGCAUGGAGGCCAUCUGGCUCUACCAGUUCCGCCUGAUCGUCAUCGGCGACUCCACCGUAGGCAAGUCCUGCCUCAUCCGCCGCUUCACCGAGGGGCGAUUCGCCCAGAUCUCCGACCCCACGGUGGGCGUGGAUUUCUUCUCCAGGCUGGUGGAGAUCGAACCGGGCAAGAGGAUCAAACUGCAGAUUUGGGACACGGCCGGCCAGGAGCGGUUCCGGUCCAUCACCAGAGCCUACUACAGGAACUCAGUUGGUGGACUCCUCCUCUUUGACAUUACAAACCGCAGGUCCUUCCAGAACGUCCAUGAGUGGCUAGAGGAGACUAAGGUGCAUGUCCAGCCAUACCAGAUCGUCUUUGUUUUGGUGGGUCACAAGUGUGACCUUGACACGCAGCGGCAAGUCACCAGGCACGAGGCGGAGAAACUGGCUGCUGCAUAUGGUAUGAAGUACAUUGAGACCUCAGCUCGAGAUGCCAUUAACGUGGAGAAGGCCUUCACGGAUCUGACUCGAGAUAUAUACGAGCUUGUUAAAAGGGGGGACAUUUCAAUCCAGGAGGGAUGGGAAGGGGUAAAGAGUGGGUUUGUCCCAAAUGUAGUGCACUCUUCAGAAGAAGUAGUGAAAUCAGAUAGGAGAUGUUUGUGCUGAGCUCUUCUAGUGAGGCAAGUGGUGAUGAACUCUACUAACCAAAUGUACUUUACUAAGUGAACUCAGUGUGACAGAAGGCAGAGCAACGCUCCCGUUGUGAACAGCCUCCCACGUUCUUUUGGACACCAGAACAGACCCCGGGGAAAGAAAUGUCUGUUCCAAAUAACCUUUCAGAACUGGGGGCUACAAACCUACAGGAGAGUGAGUGAGGGUGCAUGUAGAUGUUGUAAGCAGGCAGGAAGGAGAAAUGAGGGGCUGCAGGAAAGAGGAGAGAGUUCACAGAGAGUCGAAUGGGCUGGCACAUGCCAGGAUACUGUAUAUGUCCUCUUUUAAGAGAAUCCAUAGCUCCAUGCCAGGUAUUGAAGUCACAGCAUGGAUACUUUAGUGGUUUGACAAUGGGCAUAGAGAAAGAAAGAGGACAUCUUUGUGUCAGCUGUUUAUUUCCAGGAAGGGGUAAAGGCAGCACAGAUACGGUCUCCUUAUGAGGCCCAACUCCACAGGAGAAGUUUACUGACAUGAUAUGCACACUUCUGAACUGUCUUUCUUAUGUUCUUGAACCUAGUUUGAUAGCAAAGAAUAUUCUAUGGGAUUUAAAGAGGAGAACUACUAAUAGUUAUUUGAUUGGUAAUUAAAAUGUAAAUUAUUCCCCCCUCAAUAGUGCUUUUCUUGCUGUGCUGAACCGGGAUUCUAAGUGGAACUCCUGCUCCAGUAGUAAUUAUUCAAUGCAUUGUUACGCAUUUACUGCCUAGGUGAGUACCUGGAAAGUACCCUGAGUUCAGGGCUUGCCAAUAGACUUAAGUGAUCAAGAGCAUAGAGAGAACCAUGUCCUCCUAUAUUGUCUCUUCAGGCUGGGGUGAGCAGCCAGGUGGGACACACCAACAUUUCUGUCUUGGUAACAGUGCUGUGCUGACCUUUCAGAUGUCCUACUAGCGAGGUCACAGAGAGGAAUGGAAAGGAGCUGGGUGGGGAAAAACCCAACAAAAAAUUAAAACAACUUGAAAAGCUUAACUCAGGUGCAUCAGACAUCCUAAAAGGUGACAUUUGCUCUUAAAAAAAGUUAAAUAGCAUGGAAAAGCAACAGCUUCCAUCAGUACUUUCUGCUGUUAAAAGUGUCAAUUUUCUUUCUUGGCAUUUCUGGAAGAACACAACAGAAGUGUCCGAGCAGGGGAAAGGAAAGCCACAGAAGGAACCUCCCGUGUAACAUUUGUUUUCCUCCAUGUUUUAUUUUGGCAAAAGAGGAUCCAUCUCAGGUUGGUCAUCAUGGGAUGGUAGCCAUGUUAGGAAAGCUGUAUGUAAGUGGAUGUUUUCUGGGAAUGCCAUUCACCACUUAAAAGCUUUGCUUCCACUAAGUUUUACUUUUAAGCUUUUGAAGUGCAGCAGGGUAACUGUGCUCCAGGAGCAAACUAGGGAAGCUCAGCCUAUUAAAAACAACCAAACAAAAUAUAGUGGGUUAUUUUUUCACCUCAAGUUUGCAAACUUUAGACUUCAAACUGCUAAUGGGCAGGAAGGAGGGAUUAGGUAAAAAAACCACAGGAAGCCUUUAGUGUUUGAUUCUGGGCCUUCAAGCAGGGAAGAAUAAAAUAGUUGUUGCAGCUUGUUAAGCUACCCUGUCUCUAAAAGUGUGGGUCUUGUCACGUGCUGUUGAGUUCAGACUGUUUCUCCCUUUAAUUCUGUUCUCAUGGUUUGCAGCACAUGGGCAGAGCUGCAUGAAGAUCCACCCCCUGCUGUGGUUUUCAUAUUAAAGCUGUGACAAAACAAACCCCCCCUCAAAUCCAACCCAAGAACUACAACCCUAAAAAAUAAAAAACAUUUUUAUUUUCAGGGUUCUAGGAACAAUUUCAGUUCCUGGGCUCUGCAGAGGAGCAGCAGCAUUGCACCUGCUGGGAGGGCACUUGAGGAAGGGACAGGGGGCAAUGGUCUUAGUUUGUCACUGCUAAGCCCCGAGUGCUCUUGAAUAGUCUUGGACUGUAUCAAACCCCUUGUGUUAAAAGCCCACUGAAUUCCUGGCAGGUUCAGUUGUGGUUGAAUCCCCUGAAGAUUAAAAGCAAACAAUCCCUUUACAAAAUCUCUUUCUAGGUGAGCAAAGAUGGAGAAGAUUGAUGCAGAGAGCACUACAGGAGCUUGGCUGCCAUGGGCUCUCACGGGCUGAUGCCAGUGGAAAGCACAAGGUUUGCUUGGACCAGGUCUGUUAGUUGUAUUUUCACAAAGGCAAGGACAAACAAGUCCGAAAGUGUCAGUGUCUUCGGUC